AUGACACCAACAAAUCAAGGAAGCGGAGCCCGCAAUGAAACGAAAGGAACGCUUAAGAAGACGAUGAUGAUUGAGGCACGACAUUUUAACUGCAAAUUUUCGGCGCAUCUGUUCGCCAUCGUAAAGUUGUCAUAUGGAAUGAACAGAAAUAGGAGUUUUCCUUCUGUGGGGAAAUCGACACUUUUGUCGAAUCUUGCGGGUGUUUAUUCCGAAGUUGCAGCCUAUGAAUUCACAACGCUUACCACUGUGCCAGGAGUGAUCCGCUACAAGGGAGCAAAAAUUCAACUAUUGGAUUUACCUGGAAUCAUUGAAGGCGCCAAAGAUGGAAAAGGUCGUGGAAAACAAGUGAUAGCUGUGGCUCGUACAUGUUCACUAAUUUUGAUGGUACUGGAUGUGAUGAAGCCGUUAAAACAUAAGCAGUUGCUCGAAUAUGAACUUGAAGGAUUCGGGAUUCGUCUGAACAAACAACCUCCAAAUAUCGGUUUCAAAAAGAAGGAGAAAGGUGGCAUCAAUUUGACAGCAUUGGUUCCACAAAGUGAAUUGGACUUGGAAGCUGUUAAAAGUAUUCUAUCCGAAUAUAAAAUUCAUAACGCUGACAUUACAUUAAGGUACGAUGCAACAUCAGAGGAUCUGAUCGAUGUGAUCGAAGGAAAUCGUGUCUACAUCCCCUGUAUCUACGUGUUGAAUAAGAUAGAUCAAAUAUCGAUCGAAGAAUUGGAUAUAAUCUAUCGUAUUCCGCAUUGUGUACCGAUAUCCGCUCACCAUAAAUGGAAUUUCGACGAUUUGCUGGAGAAAAUGUGGCAAUACUUGAAUCUUAUUCGAAUCUAUACUAAGCCUCGAGGUCAACUACCUGACUACUCAGCUCCAAUAGUGUUGAAUGCUGAGAAAAACACGGUAGAUGAUUUAUGCCUGAAAAUUCACAAGUCGUUGCAAAAGGACUUCAAAGCAGCACUAGUAUGGGGAGCGUCAGCUAAGCACAAUCCGCAGCGAGUAGGCAAGGAACACGUGCUUUAUGAUGAAGAUGUCGUGCAAAUCCUGAAAAGAAUCUGA